AUGAACGGAUACCAUAUUGAAACUAGAAAGGAUCACAAUGUGGAGCAUCUUUGCAUUACCACCAAUAUCAACAGCCAGAGGCGUAUAUUAGAAACACUUCCUGCUUUCUCUUCUGGGUUGUAUUAUGCAACCAUCAAAGCAGUUGAAGUUCAUGCUAUCACGAACCAGAAGUUCAUUGACUCAACGACUUUCAUGCUUUGGCAUGAUCCUCUUGGGCAUCUUGGAUCCACAAUGAUGCGUAGGAUUAUUUCAAAUUCAAAUGGACAUCCUUUAAAGCCUUACCAUAGUACUUUUUCAAAUGGACAUCCUUUAAAGCCUUACCAUAGUACUUUGUCCAUUGACCAAUCUUGCAAAGCUUGCUUCCAAGGGAAAUUGAUCAUCAAACCAUCUCUGUCAAAACUUGGCUUUGAAUGUCCAUCUUUCUUACAGAGAAUUCAAGGGGAUAUUUGUGGGCCAAUUCACCCAUCUUAUGGACCAUUUCGUUAUUUUAUGGUUUUAAUCGAUGCAUCUACAAGAUGGUCACACAUUUGCCUAUUGUCAACUCGCAAUGUUGCUUUUGCUAGGCUCCUUGCUCAAAUAAUUAAAUUACGAGCACAAUUCCCUGAUUAUCCAAUAAAGUCAAUUCGACUUGAUAACGCUGGUGAGUUUACCUCCCAAACUUUUGAUGCCUAUUGCAUGUCACUUGGGAUUGAUGUUGAGCACCCAAUUCCCCACGUCCAUACUCAAAAUGGAUUAGCAUAA